GUGGUUUUAUCUCCGUUUGUCCUCUGAACCGACAGAACUUCGGUCUGAACGGGCCGCUGUACGACGCCGUGUCCAUCGUGGAAGACGACGACUGGAGGAGGAUCCGCAGCGUCCUCUCGCCCUCCUUCACCAGCGGGAGGUUAAAGGAGAUGUUUGGCAUCAUGAAGACACACUCUCACAUUCUGGUUGAGAAUCUGGGGAAAUCAGCCAAGCGUGGAGAAGCGGCAGAUAUUAAAGAGUUCUUCGGCGCGUACAGUAUGGAUGUGGUGACCAGCACGGCGUUCAGCGUCGACAUCGACUCUCUCAACAACCCCAAAGAUCCAUUUGUGACCAACAUCAAGAAAAUGCUGAAGUUUGACUUCCUGAACCCCAUGUUCCUGAUCAUCGCUUUAUUUCCUUUCCUCGCCCCUGUCUUGGACAAAAUGAAUUUCGCCCUCUUCCCGACAUCUGUGACCGAUUUCUUCUACGCUGCCCUUCAGAAGAUCAAGUCUGAAAAAGUGGCCAACAACCACAAGAAGAAGCGAGUGGACUUCCUGCAGCUGAUGAUUGAUUCUCAGACGGAAGGGAAAACGGAGCACGGAAGCAUUGAUGAACACACAGAGAAAGGUCUGAGCGACCACGAGAUCCUCUCGCAGUCCAUGAUCUUCAUCUUCGCCGGCUACGAGACCACCAGCAGCACUCUGUCCUUCUUCUUCUACAACAUGGCGACCAACCCAGAGGCCAUGAAGAAACUGCAGGACGAGAUCGACCAGACCUUUCCUAAUAAGGCUCCGGUGGACUAUGAAGGCAUCAUGAACAUGGACUAUCUGGACGCGGCGCUGAGCGAGUCUCUCCGGUUGUUCCCCGUCGCCGGUCGACUCGAACGGGUCUGUAAGAAAACGGUGGACAUCAACGGCCUCCUCAUCCCUAAAGACACGGUGGUCAUGAUCCCUACAUACGCGCUCCACAGAGACCCGGAUUACUGGAGCGACCCCGAGAGCUUCAAACCUGAGAGGUUCACUAAAGGCAAUAAGGAGUCGAUCGACCCCUACAUGUACAUGCCCUUCGGUCUGGGGCCCAGGAACUGCAUCGGGAUGCGAUUUGCUCAGGUGUCCAUGAAGCUGGCCAUCGUGGAGAUCCUGCAGAGGUUCGACAUCUCCGUGUGUGCCGAGACUCAGGUUCCUCUAGAGCUCAGCAUCAGCGGUUUCCUGGCUCCCAAAGUCCCCAUCAAACUCAAGUUCGAGCCUCGGAAAGUUUCCCUCUCAGAAGACAUCUGUAACAACAACAAAUCGUAAAGCAGCUCUGCUGUGCACUUCUCUUUCUGUCUGAGGAGAAGGUUUGAUUGGUCUUUUAAAAUAAAAGAACAGACGUAGUCUCUAGUCUUCAAUGAAGAGGAAGAUUCUCGGGGCCUUUGGACUCGGACUGAGAGGGUUUAGUAUCUUUGCUUGUAGUGAACAUCAGACAGAUUCUGCUGUCGUUAGGGACUUUCUGAGAGUGUAAACGAUGCAAUGAGAUUCAUAUUUUACUAAUUUUUCUAUGUGAUGAUUAAGAGAACAGAUUAGAUGAGAUUAACCUUUAAAGAAAUUAUAUGGAAAUAUGACAUGAAAUGUAUGUAAUCAAUUAAAGUCUACAGAUAUGCAUCCAA